AUGCAACUGCCAAUUCUAGCCCGGCUCAGAAGGCACCUCUGCCUAAGUGCCACUCCCAACGGUCCCGCUAACCCUCCUGUCGGUCCUGCCACUCCAAACGGUCCUGCCAAUCCUCCUACUCCCAACGGUCCCGCUCACCCUCCUGUCGGUCCUGCCACUCCCAACGGUCCUGCCAAUCCUCCUACUCCCAACGGUCCCACUAGCCCUCCUGUCGGACUCGGUCCUGCCACUCCCAACAGUCCCACCAACCCUCCCACUAAUCCCCCUCCUCCACCUUAUUUUCCCGGGCCCAACACUGGUUCCAAUUCUAUUCCCUCUGCAACAAAGCAUUACACGGACGAUGAGCUAGCUGAUCUGCUGAAUAUCGAUCCUGGAGCAAUCACAUACCUCAUGUCAGUCUCAAGCAUGUACACCCGCGCAAAAAUGGGAGAAGAAGCUUAUACCCAGUACAACGAGGAGAUAAAAAAGCUAUUUCCCUUCGAAGAAACCCCAGCUCCUGACAUCCAUUCAAUUCCUAUUGCGCCGCAGGAGCCUGGGGAAAGCCAGGAGGUUUUUGAAGCUCGUCGGGUACUUGUGGAGGCGGAAGAGGUCUUGAAAAUCUACGAGGCUGACAUCCAGGUUGUAGCCCAGCACCUGGAUGCCUUUCUUCAACAAGGGGCUCAAUUUCCAAAUACGAGGACGCCUGUGGAGCAGGCGAUAUUGAUGAAUGCCACCUUUCGUGCCCGCGACACGCUCUUGAACUUGCAGAUGGGAUAUCUGGCAGAGAAGGAGCGACGUGAGCGACGUGCUGCAAGAUAUCAAGACCUGGCGGACGGAGACGCACUAGAACGGCUUGGGCGGGAGUUUCUUGAACUUGGUAGCCGGUUGAGCAAGUUGGAGGGAGAGAUGAGGACUGUGGGGUUAGGCCCGACUCGUGCCUAUGAGGUCCAGCAGGAGUAUGCGGCGGCGGUGCAAGAGAUGCAUGUGUUGGAGGGAAAAAAGGCGGCAUUGAUGGCAGAGUUGGAGAAGCGACCAACGGGACCGGCCAAGGGGAAGAAAAGGAUGAGAGGUACGGAUGCUGCCGGCGUGGAUGCUGUCUCAGAGGUCGGUGACGAUGGGGAAGAGGAGGAAGACGAAGAGAAAACUGCUGCUCCUGCAGCCAAGAAGGUUAAACAGGAACGAGAUGCGAAGGUCGUGUUCGAAGAUCUCACUGAGAAUGCACAGGAGGAAUGGACGGAGGAGGGGCUGGAAGCGAUUGCCAAAUUCCAACGGACGAAGAACCCAAGCGUGAUCCCCCAACGCAUCCGCGAAAUGGUUCGGGAGAGUCAAGGAUAUCUCGUUGAGAGUGCAAUUACUUCCCGGGAGGUUGCUAUCGAGUUCCAUCGUUCGACCCGCAACAAUUACGUCUGUCGCCUUCACCGGUUGCGUCGUGGCGGCCGUCCUCCUGUUGACGGUAUUGUUCCUGGUCGCUUCAACACUGUCGAAGGUACCGCCUACAAGAACGACACGGGGACAAAAGACAAGCCCGCCGAUGCCAAGCCAGGUCACAUGCACUGUGGCUGCGCAAUCGACCACGUCCUCCUUGACUUUCUCCUUUGGAAGCUCGUCAAAAUCAAGUCGACCAACCCGAAAUAUUCUAAUAUCAAGGAAGGCCUUUCAAAGAAGGACAUUUUUACCGGGAGACAAAGAACCUUUGUCUUCACGGCUCUCAGUCGACUGGCUAACCUAUCUAUCGAUGACUUCUACAACACAGGUGCGGAGUUUGGGACGUUGGAGUGGGAGGUGGCCCUGUUACACCGCCAAAUGAACCGGGCAAUGGCGCGUUUGAACAAUGUGGGUCUGUUCAUACAGGUGAAGGACGGCACAAUUGCACUAUCCCGCGAACCCGCUCAGGCAGCCCCAGCCCCACCACCGUCUUAA